AUGGCUGUACCACCGUUGCCGAGGCGACAGCUUGGUUACUUCCGUUGGUAUCAAUGCUUCCGGGUUGGCGUUGCAGUGGCGCUUCCGACUGUGGGAGCCUCGGCUUCCCAGUCGUCCGCUGAGCCCGAGCAGCACCAGAAAAGUGCCACUGUAAGCCAUGAGAUGUCUGGUCUGAAUUGGAAACCCUUUGUAUAUGGCGGCCUUGCCUCUAUUGUUGCUGAGUUUGGAACUUUCCCUGUGGACCUGACCAAAACGCGACUUCAAGUUCAAGGCCAAAGUAUUGAUGUGCGCUUCAAAGAGAUAAAAUACCGAGGAAUGUUUCAUGCCUUGUUCCGAAUCUAUAAAGAAGAAGGUGUAUUGGCUCUGUAUUCGGGAAUUGCUCCUGCUUUACUAAGACAGGCAUCGUAUGGCACCAUUAAAAUUGGCAUUUACCAGAGCUUGAAGAGAUUAUUUGUAGAACGUUUAGAAGAUGAAACUCUUUUAAUUAAUAUGAUAUGUGGGGUAGUGUCAGGAGUGAUAUCUUCUGCUAUAGCCAAUCCCACCGAUGUGCUGAAGAUUCGAAUGCAGGCUCAAGGAAGCUUGUUCCAAGGCAGCAUGAUUGGUAGCUUCAUUGAUAUAUACCAACAAGAAGGUACCCGGGGUUUGUGGAGGGGUGUUGUCCCAACUGCUCAGCGGGCUGCCAUCGUUGUGGGAGUAGAGCUACCAGUGUAUGAUAUUACGAAGAAGCACUUGAUAUUGUCAGGGCUGAUGGGAGACACAAUCUUAACUCACUUUGUUUCCAGCUUUACAUGUGGCUUGGCUGGGGCUCUGGCUUCCAAUCCAGUUGAUGUGGUACGAACUCGCAUGAUGAACCAGAGGGCAAUUGUGGGACACGUGGACCUCUAUAAGGGCACUUUGGAUGGCAUUUUAAAGAUGUGGAAACACGAGGGCUUUUUUGCACUCUAUAAAGGAUUUUGGCCAAACUGGCUUCGACUUGGACCCUGGAACAUCAUUUUUUUUAUUACAUAUGAGCAGCUCAAGAGGCUUCAAAUCUAA